CUUUCCUUGCCGCGAUUCACUUUCCCCACAAAUUCAGCAUUCCUGAGCACACGUGUGGAUUGGAAGGAGACUCGAGAAGCGCACGUGUUCAAGGCGGAUCUUCCGGGAAUGAAGAAGGUAGAGAUUGAAGUUGAUAGGGUUCUUCAGAUCAGCGGAGAGAGAAGCGUUGAGAAAGAAGAUAAGAACAAUGAAUGGCAUUGCGUGGAGCUUAGCAGUGGGAAAUUCAUGAGGAAGUUUAGAUUGGCAGAGAAUGCUAAGAUGGAUCAGGUGAAUGCAAACAUGGAGAAUGGUGUUCUCACUGUAACUAUUCCUAAGGAAGAAGUGAAAAAACCUGGAGUUAAGACCAUUGAUAUCUCUGAUUAAAUAUAGAUGGAGUAUUUAGUUUUCUUUCUCUGUUUUCGGUUUACAAUGGUGUUCUCCUUCUUCUUCUAAUGCUUAUAUUUUUGUAAUUUAGAGAAUUCGUGUGAUUAAACUCCGGUUUGUGAAUACAAUAUUCAAUUUUC